CCCCUCUCUCCCCGACGGCGAUGGCGGUGUGACCGAUCGAGCUACAAGAGGAGCUUGGUCAGCAGGAUCCGGGACAGGUCUGACGCUUCUCGGAACCUCCUAGGCGCGAGCGGCCUCUCCCACGUCUUUGACUACGAGGCGGCGGAGGGAGGCUCGCCCUUGCACGACGCGGUCGGCUUUGGCGCGACGGCGGCGGCCGCCGCUCUGCUCGCCGCGGGGGCGGAGGCCGGUGCGGCCGACGCCACCGGCAUCACGCCUCUGCACCUCGCGGCAGGCCGGGGCAUGCUCGGUGCGGCGCGUGCGUGCCUCGCGGCGGGCGCGGAGGUGGAGGCCGCCGACGCGUCUGGCGCGACGCCGUUGCACGUUGCGGCGUGGAAGGGAGAGGCGGCCGCGGUCUAGAUGCUGCUCGUCGCCGGCGCGGAGGCGGGCGCGGCCACGCUUCGCGGCAUCACCCCGCUGCACCUCGCCGCCAUGCACGGCGCCGCUCGCCGCGCUGACCGACCGCGGCGCCACCCCGCUGCAUUUUGCGUCGAUGCACGGCCGGCGGCGGGUCGCGCAGCUCCUCCUGUCCUCCGGCUCUUGGGUGGACGCCGGCGACCGAGGCGGAGCGUCGGCCCUCCACCAUGCCGCCGCCGGGGGCCACGCCGGCGCGGCUCUGGCUUGCCUGCAGGCGGGCGCCGCCGUCGGCGCGACUGACGGCGCUGGCGCGACGCCGCUCCACCACGCCGCGCUGGCGGGCAGCGCAGACGUGGUGAGGGUACUGCUGGCGGCGGGCGCGUCCGCGAGCCAAGGUCCGGGCGGAGCCACCCCGCGGGAGAUUGCUCUCGCGCGGGGCCACGCCGAGGUGGCGUCGAUCCUCGAGCGGGCUGGUGGUGGCGGUUGGGGUGCCUCGUUGGCGGCGCGGGUUUUGCUGGCGAUUGGGGCGGGCGUGGUCGCUUGCGCUUGCGUGGGAUGGGCGUCGCUCAGAUCAGCUCCACGCCGCUCGAGCCGGAAGGGCCCGCAAGACGCUGGCACUACGCGGGCGUCUAGGCCGCGGAAGAUCGCUGUAGACCGUGCGCGCAAAGCAGAGUAAUGCGUCGAGUGAAAACAUAGGGCACUUGGAGUGCGAUUGGUAACCUCACAUCCAGGGC